CAGCCGAGCCCCGCCCGCGCCCCGCCCUCCGGCGCUGGCCUUCGCAGCCGGGAAAGGCCGGGAAGAUGCUGGAGACGCUGCGGGAGCGGCUGCUGAGCGUCCAGCAGGACCUCACCGCCGGGUUGAAGACUUUGGGCGACAAAUCAAGAGAUGCAAAGAAAAGUAGACAAAGAACUGUUCAGUGUUUGCCAGAGUUUUCUGCUGGACUGGAAUUACUAAGCAGAUAUGAAGAUGCUUGGGCUGCCCUUCAUAAAGGAGCCAAAGAUUGUGCAAAAGCUGGAGAGCUGGUUGACAGUGAAGUCGUGAUGCUUUCUGCACACUGGGAGAAGAAAAGGAGCAGUCUGGUGGAACUGCAGGAUCAGCUUCAGCAAAUACCAGGGUUCUUAGCAGAUCUGGAAUGCCUCACAGCAAGCCUAGCCCAGCUAGAGGCAAACUUUGAGGAAAUGGAGAAUCAUCUGUUGUGUCUUGAGGAACUAUGUGAGCAGUGUGAAUUGGAAAGGUACAAAUGUAUGCAGACAUUACAGCUGGAAAACUACAAGAAAACAAAAAGGAAGGAACUGGAGACAUUCAAAGCUGAACUCGAUGCUGAACAUGCACAGAAGGUUUUGGACAUGGAGCACACCCAGCAGAUGAAGCUGAAGGAGCGCCAGAAGUUCUUUGAAGAAGCCUUCCAGCAGGACAUGGAGCAAUACCUUUCCACAGGAUACUUGCAGAUAGCAGAGAGGAGAGAACCCAUUGGAAGUAUGUCUUCCAUGGAGGUGAACGUGGACAUGCUGGAGCAGAUGGACCUGAUGGACAUGUCUGACCAGGAAGCACUCGACGUCUUUUUAAACUCAGGAAGCGAAGACAAUAAUGUGCUGUCUCCCAUGCUGGGGCCCGACUCCAACACCUACGUGAACGAGAUCAGUCUCCAGGUGCCGAGCCAGUCAGAGUUACGGCAGAAGCUCUGUUCCCUGUCCUCGACCUGCACCGACUCGGCCAGCCAGGACGCGAGCGAAGGAGAGUCUCCUGUCGUUCAGUCGGACGAAGAGGAGGUUCAAGUGGACACUGCCCUUGCUGCUGUAACUGAGAGAAAGGGUGCUUCAGAUGGCAGUGAUGAAAGUGACUCUCAAACUAUUUGAAUCUUAAAACCAUAUCCUUUAAGAAUGACUUCUGAAUGAAUGAACAAGUGAAUGAAGAGCUUGCCUGUGUAACAAUUUGCUAACCAAGCGUAACAGCCAGAUCUUUUUACUUAGUAAUACUGCCUUUUUACAAAAUUGCCAGUCAUGUGGAGGUUGGUUUUUAAAGAAAAAAUUAUGCCUAAAGCACACACACUUUAACAGUAGUCUUGGGGCUCAGGGGAGCAGUAAAACUGUUGUAUAUACUAUGUAUAAGAAAAUUUAAGGGGAAAGGUAGAAGUUACUUUGACCACUAACCUUUAAAUGGCUGAUUGGAAGUACUGAAGAGUUGAUGUGUAAUACUGAACCCAAAUUGUUCCUUGCAUGUUUUCAGCUGCUGCAACUGAAGAUUUAGGAUCCAAACCAAAAUGAAAAGUUAUUUUCUACUCUUUACUACCUACUGUCUGCCUCCUGCCUUUGUCUACUAAUGCAGCAGUGUCUACUGUUCUCACACUCUUAUUCAGGACCAACUUAGUUAUAGGUGUUAAGGAAAAAAUAAGAACCUGAGAAGGAGGAGAGAUGCAUAUGGAAAUGUUGCACUCCUUGUGUACUUACUCCUCUUUCAAGAUAAAAUAAAGAAUUUCUAUCCCAA